AUUUCUAUCGAUUGGCAAAACUGUUCUCUGUGUGCUAUUUCAAAGGAAUGGUUAGUUCCUUAUCAAAACCAGCUGCUCGAAUUGGACUUGAGUUACAAUAACUUGAACAUUCUUCCAAGCAACAUACCAUGGCAAAUGAUUAACUUGAAGUCAUUUGUUGUCAUGCAUUCGUUUCUUUAUGGUUUGUCAUCUCCCUCUGAAACGACUCCGAUACUUUGCCAGAGUUUGGAGUUUAUAAAUUUGAGUCACAAUGAAAUGAUUUAUUUGCCAGCUGAGUUGUUCUACUUAAGAGAACUCAAGUAUUUGAACGUUUCACACAAUUGUCUGCAAUCUCUCUCUACCAGUAAAGGUUACAUUAUGUAUAAUGAAAUCAUAUUUAUGUAA